UUUAUCACGUGACUUGUUCACAUGACGUUCUUUUCAAAAUGGCGCUCACGUGUAAACAAAUAUUACUUAUGCUUGGGAUGCUAAUAACAGGAAGCAUAAAUACACUUACAAAAAAAGUACAACUUCAGUGCAUGUAAGUUUCUCAGCUAAGCAAAUGCAAAGUAAAUUUAACAAAUGUCUUUUCAAGAUGAGUCAAAAUGAAUAUCGGCGCCGGCAGUAUUAAAGUUUAACAUAAUUAACAGUAGUCAGUAGGCAGUAGGGCAGUAUCAGGUCAGUAGUCAGUAGUAGUAGUAGCAACAUCAAAUCAUUGAUUCAAUUAAUAAAUUAAAUUAUUAAUUAGGCCUACUCAGUAUCAGUAAUUUAUUUGAAAAAUAAACUUAAACAAAUCUAUUCUCUGUCCACCCUCCCCCCCUUUUUUUUUGCUAUCAGGUCUUAUUCUAUUGCCUAUAUAUAGUCUUAUAGCCUUUACUUUAUAGCAUAGCUAUACAUUAUACUUGGCUUAUACUAUAAUAUAGAUUAGAUAUUAUAAUUAUUAUAAAUUAAAAUUAAAAUGAUUUGGCUGCGCAACAUUUAAUGUAAAUGUAUGAGUAUGAAAUAUCCCAACCAACAGAGGCAUCUAAUUUAUUUAUGCACUAGUAUCACUAGUACUAGCAAGUGCAUGAACAUGUAUUGCAAUGUCACUCAGAGAAUAAGAAAUAAAGUAUUUGUGUUUUAAUUAUGUUUUUUGACAUAGUGACAUAGUGGCUAAUGAUAGUGUUUAUAUUGAUUUUUCAUUUCUUCUUGAAUUAAGUCCCAGCAAUAUUUUCAGUUCUUUAAUAUUUAUGAGCAUCAUUAUGAUGUUUUGAUUGGUUAUAUGCAUGCUGCAUACAGGUCAUGUGGUAAUUUUACUGUGAAAAAUAUAGGUGAUUGUGUCAUCAUCAAUCUGUUUUUAUUUUCAAUUUUUGGUUUAUUAGCUUUGGUAUAGGAAUAGGAUCUGCUAGUUCAAAUGCUAUUCUGUUUUUGAGUGUAUUCGCCCCUUGCUUACAAAGUGCACCAAGAUAAUUACAUCACUGUCAUAUUUUUUUAUUUAUUAAUUAAAAACAAGGCUAUUUUGCCACGGAGAAUGCAGUAGGGUUCGAACGAGGUUUGUGCACAGAUUAUUGUGUUGAUCUCUACUUUGGUUUGUGGCAUGCUGCUGCUGACAUCAGUGAGUAACAUCAACAAAAAAGAUAGGUACACUUAUAUGAAAGAAGUGCUCAAAAUGGCAUUUGACCGGACUGAUCCAAUUAUACCAUUUACCACUAUUGCUAUAUGUGUAGAUACCUCCUAUCAGUCAAUAAUACACUAUAUAUAAUCCAAAUCUUUUGGACUUGAGUUCAGUCCACAGCAAAAGCCUAGAAAAAAAACAAAUCUAGCAUCCCGGUAGAUGGGAUUCAUUAACCUUAGAUGGCAAUUCAUGUAAGAGAAGACAAACCCUGAAAACGAACCCGGAAAUGGAGCCCCAUAUAAAUGAAAAGUCUGCCAAAUCCUGCGACGUGGAGCACACAAAGGGUGCAGUGAAGCACACAAAAAAACUAGUCUGAUCAUUUACUGCAUCCUGGUCUAUUUCCAUUCGUCUUGACUAAGUCUUGCCACUGGAUCAAAUAGACAAGAACAAGAUAGUGAGGCUGACGAACUGAGCAAAUCUCCAUCACUUUAAACAAAAUCAAGGCUAAUACUCAAGUCUAAUAUGGCCUUGGACGAACAAUACAUUUUUUGUACACCUAUUGGUAUUUUUAAAUAUUACACUGACCAUAAAUCACGUUGAACUGACCAAUGCCCUUGGAGCUUCAUUUUGAACAAUAUGGGCUAUCAAUGCACUUAUUGUUACAUUUUGUUCAUAACUUCAUUGCUAUUAAAUGUCAUUUCACCACUUGGUAAAUUUUUUAAUAAAAUUAUUUAGUAUUCUCUCAUUUUACGAAAGUGUAGGCGUAGGUUAAAGUUUUUUUUACAUAACUUUCAGCUUUUUACAAAAAAUAUGUAGACCAAUAUUGCAGUAAAAUCAUGCCAGAAUAUUUCCAAGCACCCAAAAACUAAAAUAACUAUUUAUACCUUUUUCAGUUCUGAGGGUUACCAUUAUGAGAACAGUACAUCUUGGAAGCCGCACACAUUUAACCACCCCUGGUUUCAGACAUGGCUUAUGUUUAUAGGUAUGUUUGCCCAUCUGCUGUCUCAGACAUGCUUCAUAAUUGUAGCAUUAAAGUUAGGCAGUCAGAGCUAUGGGCAUUUCGGCUGGAGUCAAAGAAAUUUAUAAUCUAUUUUGUUAUGAGGUCAGUUUAUUGGCAACAACUUUGUGACUUGAUAAGCCAUUAUAAUUUUUUUCACACACCCAGACUCCUGAUUCCUAGCUAUGUCAAUCACAUGCAUAGAAAGGGGGGGGGAAGGGGGGCUGCAAUUAUUUUGGGGCAGCAUUUUUGGUUCAUCUCAUACUUUAUAUAUCUUUUUAAAAUUUGUAUGCAUUGUAGUUUCAAAUAAUAAGGGGUGGCAAAGUCAAGGACUGCUCUGGGCAUCACAAACUUGAAUUACUCCACUGAGGUCAAUAUUUUAAAUUUUGUAUCAAGAGCUAUUCAGAUUUUAAAAAUUAAAGGCAAAAUCACUUAAGAAUUUUAUUAAAAGAAACUUUGGAUUUGUGGUAAACUUUUUAAAUAUCUGCCAUUUUGUGUGUGUUUAUUUUGUUUUUAAUAUUAUGUUUUCAGGGGAGAGCACCUGUCUAAUUGGACUUUUUAUAAUGCGCCAUCGACAAAAGAAAGAAAGAGAACGUGUGGUAAUAACUGUUUGGUUUUAAUUCAUCUACUUAAAUUUGUGACAAAUCGGUUCAUAAGUUAUUUCUGCCAAAUAUGUUCCAAGUAGCAAUCUUUCAGCUUAAUGCCUUUGUUACACUCUUGAGCUACAAAUUAAUCUCGUAGGGUGGCUGGUGAUUAAAUAAUAAUUCCUGAACACACUAAAAAAUGUGGGUAAUUCAGAGUACGAUUUUGAGAUGUCUUUGUACUAUUUUGGGAGUUCCAGUUUAACCAGGUCUACUAGCAGAAUUAGAUUGUGUUCAUGAAUUUAAAUGGGUGUUUUUUGUUUUUUUUCUAUUUGAUGUAAUUAUUAUCUUGUCUUUUCAUUCAUUAUCAAUAAUUUUCCUUUAGACUGCUUGGUCCAACAAACUGGGACAUAAUCCCCCUGAAGUAGAACACCAUCCCAGGUACUGUGGAUUUACAUUCUAGAUUCCUUCUGCAGAAUUUGGGGCAUUGAAAUUAGUGUUACAUACUAGACAACAACAGGGAUCUGACCAGGAGGCAUUGCACACUGGCCCUGGAGACACUGGCUCAUCAGUUGACUUUGUGCCCUGCGCUGGAUGUUGCUGGAGGGGGGGGGGACCUGGCGGCAAAGAGUCCUACAUUAUGACAAUGUUAUAUGGCACAGUCCAACAGAUGGAACUGGUUGCCAAUGUACUAGGCUUUAAGAGCGUUAGCUCAGGCCUCAAACAGAAUAUGCAUGAUAUUAAGUGUUAUAUACAUAAAGUUCUGCAUGAAUGCAGUGUAACAUGCAUAUAGCCCUACAUAAAAUCUAAUAGUAUUACAUAAAUACAGUCUUCAUGAAUUUAGUUUUGCCUAAUGAUGCAAGCAGUUUUCACAAACUGUAUUCUAAAAUAAAUCCUAAAUAUUUAUAAUUUAACUAAGAAUGUGAAUCUGUUUACAUAAAUGAGAGUUAUGAUUUAACUAAGAAGUGAAUCCAUUGACAUAGAAAAGUAUUAUAAUUUAAUGAAGAGGAGAAUCAGUUGACGUAAAUAAGAGUAAUAAUUUUACUACAAAUUGAAUCAGUUGACUAAAGUGUAUGGUGCCGGGCUUGAAGUUACUCACUAAAAACAAUUGUGGUAAGCUAUCAGGUCUCAUGGUUCUUAACAGUUCCUAGUAUCAGUGAGAAUUAGCUUAACUACUUCAGUCCUGCCAUCUUUCCCUGGAGAGAAAGAAGUUGUUUUUAAAAUCAAAUCAAUAAAUAAGAAAAUGUUGAGCUAUGGUGUUCAUGUAAAAAAAAUAAAAAAAAAAAUGAAAACAUUGUGGAAGACUAACUUUUGUGGUGAAACUAUACACUCUUUGCAACACAGAUGUCUUUAUGACAAGCAAUAUGCACGGGUUUAAUCUUGGCUGAGCCCUAGAGCUUUGACUAUGAUUGAUUUCAAUCAUUGGUCAGUGAUCUGUUCCCUAACCUGUUGAGUCAGUUAUGCCUUCAAUGGAUUGCAUAAUCUCUCCUAUUGUAAUAAUGACAUUGAAAUAAUAAUUAUAUUGUGAAUUUGUUAUAAAAGAUACAAUUACAAUUACCUUUUUUAAUCGUCCAGGGUCUGGCAAUGGAUUCUAAUAAUACCCACAAUUUGUGACCUUCUGGGAACAUCCUUGGCAGGUACGUUACCACUGAUGGCGGCAGCAAGGAGAAAGAUCUAAUUCUCCGCUCAAUGAUGACAGUUAUUAAGCCGGACGGAAAAGCCAAAACACAAAUUUGGAUUUUAAAUUUAAAUUCUACGGGCGAAUUUAACUGUGUUAAAAAUUAUUUUUUUAAAACUUCAUUUUAUUAACAGUUGCCUCAUUUUGACAUAUUUGACCCAUUUUUACUUCUAGUUUGCUGUAUACUGAUUAGUUUGAUUGCUAUCUUCCAGGUAUUGGCCUGAUCUAUGUUGACGCCUCAGUCUGGCAAAUGUUACGUGGCGCCAUCAUCAUUUUUGCUGGGAUUUUGUCUGUAAGAAUUCACAACUUUCUGCUUUAUCACAAAAACUUUGAAAGUCCACUGAGACAAGUCACCGGGAGAAAUGAAAGUUCUCAUAACAUCUCAAUCGUCUGAUAAAUCCACAUUUCUCUUUACACCAAGCAUUCCCAUAUUCUACUUUAAUUUAAGUUUCACACAAAGUAUUCCAUACUAACAAUGGUGUCCAAUUCCUAAUUCAGAAAGUGUUCCUCAAACGCAAACUGAAACCCAUCCACUGGUUGGGAAUGUCCGUGGUGAUGGUUGGCCUCAUACUGGUGGGUUGCUCCAGUGUCUUUAAGAAUAAAAACAGUGAGGACUCAAAGGCAAUUUUAGGUAUGUAACAAUACACAGUCUGUUACAAUAUAAAAAUAUGUAACAAUACAGAAUAUGUAAUGAUAUACAAAUAUGUAGCGAUACACAAUGUGUAACAAAUAAGUCAUGUAGCAAUGCACAAUCUGCAACAAUUUAGAAAUAUGUAACAAUACACAAUCUGUAGCAAUAUAUAAAUCAUGAAACAAUGCACAAUAGUAACAAUAUACAAUAUGUAACAAUAUAAAGUAUGUAACAAUACACAAUCUGUAGCAAUAUAUAAAUCAUGUAAAAAAUAUACAAUGUGUAACAAUAUAUAAAUCAUGUAACAAUGCACAAAAGUAACAAUGCACAAUCUGUAACAAUAUAAAAUAUGUAACAAUACACAAUCUGUAACAAUAUAUAAAAAGUAACAAUACGCAAUCUGUAACAAUAUAAAAAAAAUGUAACAAUACACAAUCAUUAACAAUACAAAAUAUAUAACAAUACACAAGAUGUAACAAUACACAAAAAUAAAAAAAUAUGUAACAAUGCACAAUAUGUAACCAUUUGUAACUUAGGUUUGGACUAACACUUCAUUGUAUAAGCAGUUGAUUUGCUCUUAAGCUGAAUUUGCCCCAUUUCCUAGCUUCCAAUGAUAAAAUGUCAAGUUAAAAUGAAAAAAAAUCCAGAUGAAACCAUUGCAAUAUUUGAUUGAUUAAUGUGUACUCUGACUUACAAAGGGGAAUCAUUGAAUCGUGUACAUUUCAUGUCAGCAAAUCUUAUAUAUACUUUUUUUUUUUAAACCACAAUAUAACAAUUUACAGCCAUUUAAGAUUAUAAUAUUGUACAUAGAUUUUACCUCACACUACCAUUAAAUACUGUUUAAAUUUAAAAAAAAGGUCAGAAAAUAUAGCUGAAUUUUCUUAACCACUUAACAAAGUACAAAAGAAGAAUUAAUUUUAGCUAAGCACAUACAAACUUUAGUGGAACAACACUGGCGCUGAACAUCAAUGUCUCAGGAUCUGGUCAUGGAACCUAUGUCAAAACCAGAGUUUUGGUUGGUCUCGGAUAUAUUUGUAUGAUUUAACCUAUGCCAGGCCCAAUGAGUUGUUUAGUGAAAUUGCUUUGACUUUUAUGCGUGUCUUUCAUCUCUCAGGAAUAGUUUUGAUUUUGGCUGGUCAGUUGGUCAGUGCUUGUCAGAUGAUCAUAGAGGAAUUAUUUCUGAAGAAAAGGAAUUUCCCCCCUCUGCAGGUAUAAAUGACUCUUUAGAAUUCUGUUGUUCUUUAAAGAUAGUAAUCUAAACCUUUAAUUAUAAAUUUUUUUUUAAAUUAUUUUUUUUAAACUGCAAAGCAUGCAGCCCAUAAAUAUGGAACAACAUCAAACUUUAAGCCAGUUGGUCUUUUUGAAAUAACCAUAGGAAUGGCUUUAAUAACAGCAUAAAUAAAACCAUUAAGGGACAUCAGUUCACAGUAGUGAUGCCUGUGAGAGUCCCUAACGAGAAUUUUUCUUUGAUAUUAAAAAAAGGUAUACAGGAGUUUUUUUUUAAAAAAAGGGAACAUACUUCCCCAUUACCGCUCAUUCACUGGAGUCGGAAAUUUGAAGAGAUUAUUUUUGGAAUUAGUUCAAGGCUUUUUUUUUUUUUCAGAAUGUUGGUAAGGACAAUACAUCACCAUGUCAUUACUAUAUCCCCUUGUCAUUACCAUACAUCACCAUGUCAUUACAAUGGUUUUGGUCUAAUCUUUUUUAGUCAACACGAUAAAAUUUUGCGUCAAAUUUCUUUUUGAACGCAUUAUUUUGUUUUACUAUAUACUGCAGUGCAUUCAAAAAGAAAUUUGACCAAAAUUUUAACGUGUGAACUGAAAAAAGAUUUGAUCAAACUACCGUUUGAUCAAAUUUCCGUCUAUCAAUUUUCUGUCGACGAAAUUUCUUUCAAAUAAAUUUCUGGAUACGCAUUACAAUACAUCACCAUGUCAUUACAAUACAUCACCAUGUCAUUACAACCCAUUCAUAUCAAAACAUGACCCUUUCAUGACCCUUCCAUGAUCAAACACAAAGAUGUCUUGUUAAAUUAAACAUCACCAAUCCAUGUCAUGUCUAAUGUAUAUCUCACCAAUGCCACAGGUUGUUGGUAUGGAAGGGAUGUUUGGAUUUCUUCUCAUGACAUUUGUAAGUUCUUGUCUUACUCCUAGGUGUAGGAGGAUUUUGAGAGGCUAGGGUGAACUCAUUGUAUUAAUUAAAAAAUUGGAUGUGUAAUGGGGUAAUUGAAUAAAUGCCAAUGUUUUACCACAUGAAGAAUUUACUCGAUAUGAUUUAAAAUUUCUGCAAAUAAGAUAAGAUAAGAUAGAUUCUUUUAUUGAUCCAAACAAAUGGAAAUGUUUUUUCGAUUGCAUUGUACAUAUACAUUUUCAGCUCAUAAAUAAAUACCCGUACAUAUUUAAUAAAGUCAGUCCACAUUUUCCAACUAAAACAAUUGAAACACAAGAUCUCUACAUUAAAGUAUUUCACUGGUGUAAAAAAAAACAGCCAAUCAUUGAACUCCUUUUUGUCAUAGCAGGGAGUUUAUUAGUUCUCCUUUGAGAUUUUGUGACUUCAAGAGGAGCACGCUGGUAAAUUCGUACGGAUCGGGGAACAAAAGAAUUAUUAUAUCUUUCAGUCUUCGCCCUGAGAAAAAGAAUACGUCCCGAACAGGCCGAUCUUAAGUAUCUGUGAUGAAGAGGGUGGGAUGUAUCAUCCAAAAUUUGUUUAGUUUUACAAUAACAUCUUUCUUCAAAUAGUUCUUCAAGUGAAGGAUGUUUAGUUUGUGUGAUGUUCCGAGCUUUCUUGAUUAGUCUGUUUAUUUGGUGUUUGUAAAGAAAUGUGCCCAUGAAAUAUGAAAUGUCUUCAUGAAAUCAAACAUAUCUCCUCAGAUAAUUUUGCCUUCAAUGUACUUUGUACCUGGGAGUGAUGCACACGGGAGUUAUGAGAACAGUCUGGACGCCCUGGUGCAGAUGGGGAAUGAUGCCAAGCUCAUGGUCAUGUGCUUUCUCUAUCUUUUGUCCAUUGCCUUCUACAAUUUCUUUGGCUUGGCCGUUACCAGGUCCUUGACUGGUAAGUAACAGGUCCUCAACUGGUGAGUACCAGAUCCCCUGACCGGUGAGUACCAGGUUCCCGACCGGUGAGUACCAGGUCCCCGACUGGUGAGUACCAGGUCACUAUUUGACUUACUUUCUGUUAAAGCUGUACAUAUUUUGUUUGACCUUAUGUUACAGCUGUUUAUAAAUUGCUUCAACUUCUAUUUCAGCUGUACAUAGAACACUGAUAGAUGCCUGUAGAACCAUAAUUGUCUGGUUAGCUUCCCUAUUUGUCUACUAUGUCAUAAAUAAAGUAAGUUGAAUCAUUGACUGUGUAAUAAAUAAAGCAAGUUGAAUUGUUGACUGUGUAAUAAAUAAAGCAAGCUGAAUUGUUGACUGUGUAAUAAAUAAAUAAAUUACAUCCUUAGAAUUGUUGUAUGUUUCUCGCUUUCGGAAUCCUAAAUUAAGAACAAGAUUUAACUCUUUGAAUGUUUCAAUGCCAUUUAACUUCCUGACGCCAUUGUUUGUCUUUGAUGUUUCUCUGUAGGAUUAUGGUGAGCCUUUUGACAAAUCGUAUGGAUUACUUCAAGGUAAAUUCAUUGUCACAUCAUUCACUUUGACUUUCCCAUGGGUGCUUAACACUAUCUAUGGGUGUCAGUAUUUGUUUCUCAUACAGGUGACCCCAUCUGUGAGUGUCAGUAUUUGUUUCUCAUACAGGUGACCCCAUCCGUGUCAGUAUUUGUUUCUCAUACAGGUGACCCCAUCUGUGAGUGUCAGUAUUUGUUUCUCACACAGGUGACCCUAUCUGUGGGUGUCAGUAAUUGUUUCUGAUACAGGUGACCCUAUUUGUGGGUGUCAGUAUUUGAUUCUCAUACAGUUGUCUGUAAAAAUUAAAUGUGAUGGGGACAUAAACACAAUGGACACAUUGAACACAGAGGGAACAUAAACACAAUGCGGAAAUUGAACACAUAAGGGAAAUUAAAACAAUGGGGACAUGAACACAAUAAGGAUAUUCAACACAAUGGGGGACAUUGAACAUAGAAGCUUAAUAUUUUGUGCGUUUAUCUUCACCAGUGGAUGGUUUUGCCUUUUUGUUGAUUGGCACUGCAUUGUACAACCAACUGAUGGAUGUUCCUUGUGUUCCAUGGUGUACAAAGGAACAAGAGAUGCAGGUAAGUCAAGUGUGCAAGUUUUCUUGGUCUAUGAGAGAGCUCAAAAGCACAUUGUCAAUGUUAUCUUAACACAUCUCUGUUCAUCUAUGAGGCCAACAACACACUGUUGAUGUUAUCUCAACACGUCUCUGUUCAUCUUUGAGCUCAGCAACACAUUGUCGAUGUUAUCUCAACACAUCUCUGUUCAUCUGUGAGCUCAGCAAGUCACUGCUGUUUCAUGAUCGAGACAUGCCAAGUAAUAUGACUACCCCCUCUACCCCCUCACUUUAUACAUGCUGUACACUUAGCGUUGGCAAGUCAAAAUUUUGACUUUGGUUUUUAUUGCAUUUGAAACGAGAAAACAAUUCUGCUUAAGGCUUUUGAUAUUAUCAGUCCACUUAUCACACACCAGUCUCAUAUCCAGCAACCUCAAAUUUUAUCACAUGACUAAUUUUACGUGUUACAUGACUAAUUUAACUCAUCACAUGACUAACUUUCACUCAUCACAUGACUAAUUCCACUUGACACAUGUCUAAUUUCACUUUUCACAUGUUUUAAUUUCACUUGUCACGUGACUAAUUAGACCGACCUUGUUCCAGGAGUUCCCCAGCGCUGUGCAGUCAUCCGUGCAAGAGGGAGGAGAUUACGAGGAGUCUUACAACUCAAUGGCUGAAGAAAACUCGCCCCUGAUCAAAAGUAGAUCUCAAGGAAAGGCGGCUGUCAAUGCUUAGAGCUGGUCUCAGAUGAUUGCAACAUGCAUGAUCAGUUUAAAAACUCAAUGACCCUCGCACCAAGUGAGAUGACGACUAUUUGAUCUUGUAAAUCUGAUGUUAUGUGUGAAAAGGUGUUUAAUAUUUUUAGUUGUUUCACAGCCUUUUAAUCUCCGAACACCAGAAAACAUCGUAUGAUAAUUAGUUUAUAAAGAAAACCAUCAGUUUUUUUUUUAAAGAAGUAGAUAAAAAUAGAUAAAUCAAAUUGUUUUUUUUAAAGGCGUUUAAAAUGAAUGUCUCAAAAUCAAUUUAAAGAGGAACCAUUUUACAGCCUCUUGUUACCAAUGUCACCAGAAAAAGGGUUUCUUUGUCUAAAUAUGUGGGAUAUGACAUUGUGGGAUAUGAGACUGUGGGAUGUGUGACUGUGGGAUAUGAGACUGUUUUAGUGUGGGAUAUGAGACUGGGAUAUGAAACUGUGAGAUAUGAGACUGUUAGUGUGGGAUAUGAAACUGUGAUAUAUGAGAUUGUGUUAGUGUGGGAUAUGAGACUGUGGGAUGUGAGACUGUGGGAUAAGAGAUUGUUGGAUGUGAGACUGAGGAUUAUGUGUGUGUGACUGUAGGAUAUGAGACUGGGAUGUGUGAUUCUGGGAUAUGAGAUUGUGGGAUAUGAGACUGGUAUGUUUGACUGGGAUAGUUGGCUGCGUGAUAUGAGAAUGGCGGAUGUGUGACUCGGAUAUGUGACUGUGGGAUAUGAAGCAAUAAACCUCUAUCCCUUUCAGUAUGCCCAUUUGUUCCCCCGUUUAUCAAAUACCUUUCCUAACUUACCUUUACACUGACUUAAUUCACAGCAUUUAAAUUAAUGCGAUAUUUAAUAAGAUGACUUCCAUUUUAGUUUUAGUUAGCCUAAAAAAAUAUAUAUUGGUAAAAAAAAAAAAAAUCUGUGAAUAAAAAUACAUGUGUUCCCCUGAACAAAAUUAUUUGAUAAUUGUAACCAAAUUGGAUUCUCUGCUCUAAGCAAGCAACUGUUACAAAUGCAUUCCUGACAGAGGAGGGAAAAAAUUAUGUAUAUCGGUAUAACUGGUAAGGAACGGAUGCAGCACAAUAGGACAAGUACUCUGGGCAAUCCAAGAUGUUCAAUUUUUUAAAUAAUACAUUUUUGUCAACUAUGCACAGAGAAAACCCACCAUAUAUACAUUCAUGGACUUCCAUGAAUUUUAGCACAAAUUUUUAAAAAAUGCAUUUACGAGAUCAAAUUUGCUUUUUAAAAGUUAUUAAAUGUUGAUAAAUGAGUCUUCCCAUUGUGUCUUUCCAUAAAUCAAUGCUUUUUAACAUUUCCAAUUUCAAUUUUUUUUUUUUAAAUACCAUCCCAUCAUAGUUAACACUGGUGCUGUUUAAGAUAAUCACAUCGUGGAAGUUAAUUCUUAAAAUUUGCACUUCAAUUUUGCCGUGGCCAUGGAGCCCACACACUAAGGUUAACAAGACAUGACUCCCGGUUUGGAAUGCCAAAAAAUUUUUUUUAUAUAGCUUCAUUACUUCUUUUGACAUUUUUAGUACCGGUAGUUUGCAAAACAAUGUGCCAUGUAUUUUUUUGCAAUUUGAAAAAAAAAAAAGUUUGUUUUUAAUUUAUUAUAAUUACUAAAUAAUUAUUUUGUUCACUCUAUUUAUAAUAUAACUAAUAAGAGAAUUGUAAAAUGUUCAUUCGUCCUGGUAUAUAUAUUUAAUUUUUUUAAUGUUUCACACCAUCAAGCAGUCUGAUAAUUUUAAUGAUGUAACUGUGACUGAAUAUUUGCCUACUUUCACUUUCAUCUGAUAUUGAUGUUUAUUUUGUACCAUCUCUUGUUUGUAUUGAUGUUUAUUUUGUACCAUCUCUUGUUUGUAUUGAUGUUUAUUUUGUACCGUCUCUUGUUUGUAUUGAUGUUUAUUUUGUACCGUCUCUUGUUUGUAUUAAUGUUUAUUUUGUACCAUCUCUUGUUUUUAUUGAUUUUUAUUUUGUACCAUCUCUUGUUUGUAUUGAUGUUUAUUUUGUACCAUCUCUUGUUUGUAUU